GUAAUACACAGAUAGAACUAACAUAUUAAUCACGCACUAUGAGCAUUUGUUUGAAGCUAAAAUCUUUUACAUUUUAUCGCGCAGUCAUUGCCACUCGUCUCGUAAGAACAAACAUUGAAUCAAGAGUCAAAAUGUCACAGAUUGCUAAUGAAGGCAAACAUGAAAAAGUCCUUUUGGCAUUUGACUUUGAUCACACAAUCAUCAACGACAACAGUGACACCUAUGUCACCAAGCUGGCUCCAAAUGGAAAGAUACCAUCGGAAAUAAAAGCCCUCUACAGUGAUCAAGGUUGGACCCUUUUCAUGUCCGAGAUUUUUCGUUACCUACAUUCAAACAAAACGACACCGAAACAAAUUUUGGAGUGCAUGACUGAAAUUUCAUUUUCCCCUGGGAUGGUUGACCUCUUGACAACACUUGACCAAACAAAGGCUGAAGCAAUUGUUAUAUCAGAUGCAAACUAUAUUUUCAUUGAUCAUAUUUUGACUUUCCAUGGGCUUAAAGAUAGGAUCAAUAAGAUUUUUACAAAUCCUGCCAAGUUUAACGAUGAAGGACGUUUAGAGCUUGAAAUGUACCACGUCCAAGAUUCCUGUUCCUUAAGUACCGUCAAUCUCUGUAAAGGUCAAAUUUUAGAAUCCUAUAUCGAAGAACGAGCAAAAGAAAAUGUUAUUUUCACCCAUGUCGCAUUUGUCGGUGACGGCCAAAAUGAUUUCUGUCCUAGCCUGCGACUCUCUCCUAAAGAUUUUGUUUUCCCCCGAGAAGGAUAUUCCCUGGUCAAGUAUAUCGAGAGAAUGAAAGCCGAACAAGGCCUUCAUAUCAAAGCAAACAUUCACACGUGGAGCUCGGGGUUGGAUAUCCUAAAAGUUCUCUCUGAAAAAGUCCCAUUGCUUGUCCAGCCAAACUCGUGAAAAGGAAUGUCUGAUUAAACUUUUACCAUUGUUUUUAACUAAACAAUAAAGAUAAAUUCGCCGUGCUAA